CGUCAAUUUACGGCAAUUUUAGUGUUUCCUGAAAAAUGCGGUCUGUGGAGAGACUGUUUUGGGGCUUCGCGGCCGCCGUAACCGACACCUAGCCAUCGAUCAUGGCGUUCUGAAAACUUAACUCGUCGUAAUCUUGCUGAACUGAAAUGCCCUUCACUCUCUGGCACCAGGUUCGCCUCUUUCCGCAUUUUUUCAAAGCAAGUAACUCUGCGGGUAUCCAACUCGGUAUGGAAAAUGACACCUUUGUACCUUAACGACGAGCGGCGAAAGAUGCUAACGUCAGCUAGGCUAACAACUUUUGCCAAGUUAGCAACGCAGCUCAACUUUUGUCUUUUUUUUUUUUUUUUUUUUUUUUUUUGCGACGUCAAUGUCCUUAAAUGUAGCGAAACGUCGUCUUAAAUCACCGGCGUGUCUGUUUUGAGUGUGUUCAAAAUCAGUUUGGGGCGAGAAUGUGGCGUUUUCUGCGUUACUGCGUCAGCCACAGCCUCCGAGCGGCGACGACCCGACUCGAGGGGGUCAACGGGGAGGGCGGCCUGUGGUCGUCGGUCCGCUGCCUGGGCUACAUGUCCGGCCUCAACCUGAUGGUGGCGCUGUGCCUGGGCCUCUUUGUCCGCUGGGAGAAGACAGCCAAUUCUACCCUGCUGGUCAUCUUCAUCUUGGCUUUGCUCGUCCUGGUUUUAGCCGGCGUGCUGUACUGCUACUUGGGCACAGAGCGGCUUAGCCUCAGCCUUUUGCACCUUUGGUUCGGCUUCCUGUUCGGUCUGUUGUGCUUCGUCAGCAGCCCCGAACUGGGAGGCAUUGUUAAGGAGCAGGUGGCCAACGGGCUGCUGCUGUCCAGCGUGACCCUGAGGACCCUGUGGGCACUGCUGGAGAGGAUGCUGGGCUACGCCAGGCACCGGCCCGCUUUCCUGACCUCGGCCGAGCGGCUUCAACUAGUGGGUUUCGCCGCCGCCAGCACGGUGCUGGUCCUGCAGAAAACCCUGAGCGUCACGAUGCUGGCCGUCGCCCUCGGCGCCGUGGUGAUGGCCCUGAGGAUGAAGGCGCUGCUGGCGCUGUCCAACUUGGUUUGCUUCGCCGCCAUCGCCGGGAAAGUUGUCCUUCACCUCAGAGUUCAUACCAACCCAUUCGCCUUGGGCUGCUUCUUCGGUCUGCUGGUGUGCGACCCGCUCCUCGACGUGUACUUUAGCGGCCUCUCCGUGACCGAGCGCUGGCAGCCCUUCCUGCACCAGCGGGGCUUGUGGCGCCGCCUCUCCCUGCUGCCCCUGCUGCUUCUAGAGGUUACCUUCCUGGUCCUGGCAGCGCAGGUGCUGGGUCACUUGUACCCCUGGCACCUAACCGUCCCGGCGUUUGCGGUGUGCGCAGUCUUCUGGGCCAUCUGCCACUUGGUGUUCUUCAUCAGUCUGUGGGGCUUUCACAGCAAGCUAAGCAACUGCCAGAGGGUUUACCUGAGUCAGGGUUGCGGGGCCAUCGGGCUGGAUAAGAUCAUGGCCUCCAAAGGCAUGAGACACUUUUGCCUCAUCUCCGAGCGCCUGCUUCGUUUCACGCUGUUGUCCACCAUCGCUGUUGCCGCUCUAUGCUGGCAGGUGUCCAGCAGCAUCUUCUUGAGCGCCUUCCUGCUGGUUCUUCCUCUGGAGUCCGUCUUCCACGGCCUGUUCCACGAGCUGGGCAGCAGCCUGGGGGGAACGUGUGUGGGCUAUGCCGUGGUCAUCCCCACCAACUACUGCAGUCCCGACGGGCAGCCCGUGUUGCUGCCCCCCGACCAGGUGCAACAGCUCAACCUGCGCUCCACGGCCAUGCUGAGCAACAUCCAGCGCUUCUUGGCCCAGCACCUCAUCGAGACGUUCGGCUGCGACUACUCCACAGGCGGCGUCACGCUGGAGGCGUUGCAGGCCAAGCUCAAGUCCUUCAUGGAGCUGCGCACCGCAGACGGGCCGCGACACGACACCUACGUGCUCUUCUACAGCGGACACACACACCGCACUGGGGAGUGGGCACUGGCAGGGGGAGACACGCUGGGUCUGGAUCAACUGUUGGACUGGUGGCGGGAGAAGAACGGCGCCUUCCGCUCCCGCCUCAUCCUGGUGCUGGACUGCGACCACUCGCUGCCCACGGUGAAGGCGGCGCGGCAGGUGGAGGGCAUCUACGUGGCCGUGCAGGGCGGUGGCGAGCAGCAGCAGCGGGGCGACUUCCUCUCGCACUGGGUGGCGUACAACUGCGACGGGGAUGGCGGCGUCCCGUGGUCACUUAGGGCCGGGGCUCCGGCAGCCAUCUACGGCGUGUCCCGCCGCUGGAGCGACUACACGCUGCACCUGUCCACCAGCAGCGACCUCACCGACCACUGGAGGGCGUACUUCCCCCGCGUGGCCUACCCAGUGGUGCGUUCGGCGCUGUGGUGCGGCGGCCUCAGCCUGCUGUGGCCGUGCAGCGCCUGCCUCAGGUGCCUCAAGAGGGUCAAACUCAACUGGUUUCCUCCCGCCGUACUGGACACGGAACAAGGCUUCAAACUGGUCCGAUCUUAGACGGGAAAUCUAGUAACGGCUGUUUCGUUACGCCGGCAGCUCAUCUUCUUACGAACUAGCAGCCAUUUUGUUACUGACUAAAAAAAAAAAGAACUGUGCCAACUGUUGCGUUUCCAAGAUUUCUAUCCAUUCUUUUUCUGUAGAGCCUAUCAGCUAACUUUGGACGAGAAGUGGGGUAACCCCAGGAUUGGUCGCCAGUCAAUCACAGGGCACAUAUAGACAAACAUGCAUUCACAUUCACAGUGGUGUGAAAGUGUUUGCCUCUCUUCCUGAUUUCUCUUUUUUUGAAUGUCACAAAUGUUUCCCAUCAUCGAACAAAUUUCAUUAGUCAAAGACAACACAAGUAAACGCAAAAUGCCUUUUUUUCAAAUUGUUUUUUUUAUCAAAGAAGGGGAAAAAAACAAGCGCAACCACUCCAAACCUACAUGGCCCUGUGUGAAAAAGUGAUUGUCGUCACCCCCCGCCCGCCCAUUAAUACAUAACUGUGGUUUAUCAUACCUGACUUCAAUUUUGCUAGCCACAACCAGGCCUGAUACUGCCACACCUGUUCUCAAUCAAGAAAUCACUUAAAUUGUCCUUAGAUAUGAAUGUGAGUGUGAAUAUUUGUUUGUCUGUAUUUGUUCUCCCAUUGGCUGGCCGUCAGUCCAGGGUGUACCCCACCUUUUGCUGAAAGUCAGCUGGGAUGGGCCCCAACGCACACUUGAACUUGAUGAAAAUAGAUGGAUCGCUAGUGGUACUGGUUUGCACUUGUUCUUUUACAUUUACAGUGUUUAACAAAUGUAUGAGACCAGAAGAUACCAUCGUGCAUCGUGAAUUGCUUUAAUGCAAACUCUUUCAAUUUCAGUGAGCAGAUGGAUUUCAAACUGAAUUCACCUUUUGUUUUGUGCCUCAACCUAUGAAACCAAAGUUUCUAUCCUUGACUUCCAGUAGAUAACUUAAUUUUGAUAUCUAGAAAUAAUAUGAAAAUUAAAAUGAAAAGAAUAGAUUUUUGUAUUAAAAAUAUCAAUUAGCGGGUUUUCUUUGGUGCUGGUCGAAUAAAUGUUAAGCACUGUAUGUCCUGGUCUGUAUUAUAAAAUAAUUACCAAUGUGCCUUUUUCUUCUCACUCUGAUGUCACCAAAGUGUUGCUAUUUAUCACACUUACGCCAAAGGGCUUCAUCUCCAAAGCAGUGACCUCGGAACAGCCUUCUAAAAACAACUUUCAGAAUAUUUUUGAUUUUCUUUUUUUCCACUUUUCUAUGCAUACACUUGAUUCAAUGACUUUCACUGUAUUUUGAAAGCAAAGGUUUUUACAGUAAUGAAAGAGGAGUUCAAUUAUGCACAGAAGCUUUACUUGGAAACUUGUGCAUUAUUUAUGCUGUUAUUCUCAUGUCCGAAUGCUUUCACAACUCGAUUAAUAAAAUGUACAAUUAAAAGAAAAAAAGACAAAAAAUAACUGUUGCAAACGCAGGGCCUUGUGUGGUGAUGUCAUCAAGUGACUUGUACAUAUUUUAAAAUUGUGUUUUACUGGUUUUUCCCUAAAAACUGUUUGAUUUUAAUGCAUUUUAAAACUAUAUUUGCAGUAAUUUAAUUUGUUCCUUUAUAUACUGCAAAUAAGGAAAAUAUUUUUUAAUUAUACAUUAAAAGACUGUAGAAUUGGUAAAUUAUGAUCAAUAAUCGUUUUAUUAAAAUUGAUUUUUAUUUGUUGGACUUGUUAACUAUUUAUCUCCUGAAAUGGAUUAAAAAAAAUGUCCAAUAAUAAACUACAAUAAGUUUAUACAUUUAAUGUAUUUCCACAAGAUGGCGCUGUCAAUGCCAACGGUGGUGUUAUUGACACAAAAGAAGUUGCACACAAACAGUCUGUCAUCAAGGUAUUGCUUUUAUUGACA